AUGACAACGCUGAAGAAGGACGAGAAGAAGGCCUCGAAAAAACCGAAGAAGACGACGACGAUGACGAUCGGCCAGAAAGCAUCCGGUCGUAACGCGAAAACAGUAAAGCCACAGCGGUUGGAGGAGCCAGUAAAGACCGUGUCGAGCAUCGAAUCAGGUAGAACAUAUUACGCUGAAACCCCCGAGUUCCUUGAAGUGACGGAUGAAGAUCGAAGGUACCAUAAGAUAGUCGUUAACGUCGAGGAAAAUGACUCGGACGACCUGACGGCGGUCUCGAGAAAAUCGAGCGGGAAGUUCGAACGGAAAGCCUCGUUCCGUCAGAAAAUCGGGUCGCUGAUAAGGGGCAGUGCCGAGUUACCGGCGGCGAUAAACCGCGGGCUGCAGCCGAUCAGGCGAAGCCUGAGCUUCAGCAAGGAUUUGAACCGUCUUCACGAGCCCUCGAAGCCCAUCAGGACCACCAGCGUGCAAUGGUAUAACAGUUUAGUGUCUCUGGCGGAGGAUGAAUGUCUCGACGAGCUGGACACAACCCCGAAACGGAACAUCGAGGACCAUCAUCCACCGAAGGCACAAGUCACCAGGACGCAGAGUCUCAUCGACACGAAUUUCGUCAGAAGCGCAAGGCGACGGGUGAACGAGCUGCUGAGCAAAACCGCCCCGUACGGACGACACAGCGAUCACUAUGACUCCACAAUAGAUUUGAGUAAUCCACCCUGCGAGGCGAGCAGUCUUCCCGCCCUCGCGAGCGCGGAUGAUCUCAACAACGAGCUGAAGUCCCUCCGCGAAAGGGAGCAACAGGUCAGGAGCGAAUGGAGGAACCUGAAAGUUGCCGUCCGAAAUUUGUCCCAGCUGCACGUCGGACAAUCCGCUGGGAAGCAUCAUUCGGUGCGUUCGAGGUCGUUGACCCAGCUGGACGCUCUGGGCAACAGUAUGCUGGACACGGGUGAGCAUCAUCUGGGGAGUGGUACCUCGCAGCAGCAACCCCAUCAGCUUCACCAGCAUUAUCAACCGCAGCAACUGCAACACCACCCCCAAAAUGUCGAAGCCAGUCCGCGUUUUCUGGUUCCCAAUGCGACGUCGAUCGAGUCCACGCACCAGAAUCGCACCAAACACAAACUGUCGCGGUCGCAGGUAUCCAGCAGCGAGUAUUUCAGCAUCAGCUUCGACCUAUCAGAGGACCCGGGAUCCCUGGACCGGGACGAGUUCCUACCCGCCACGAAAGGGACCUGUUUGGCGGAGGCACUGAAUGCCACGUGCGAGAGACGCGGUAUCGACCUAUCACGCAUCGAAGUAUACGACGGUUUCUCGACGCCGUUACCGAUUCUGACGACGGACACGUCGAGUCUCGGCGGGAAACACCUCAGAAUAACAGUCAAAGACGCCGAGAAAACGAAUUCAAGACCGACGGUUCAGAGGGUCAGCACCCAGAGCGUGUCGUUGAGGAAAACCGGAGGGAGUUAUCGGAGUCGGAGCGGUCGUUUCUUCAGCGUCUCGACGGAGGACUCGAGCGUCGACUCCGAGGUGAGCAGCAGCACCACGAUCACGUCUGGUCGGAGUUCCGCUGGGGCUGCGGGGCACAAGACCAGCAAACAACGAUGGAGCGGUUUCUUCACGAACACGAAGGGCAACAAGCUGGACCUUCUCACCGCCCAACUGGACGAAUACAAUAAGCACGGUGUGCCGAGGCUCGCGGACAUUCAGAUGCCCUACGAGCUCACACUUAACGAAGAUGCCUUGUAUAGCUUAGAGGAAGACUGGCGCGACAUUGUACACAACUCGGAUCAACUUUCGGAGAAACAGCAACAACAGCAGACUGCUUUGUGGGAGUUAGCUCAAACAGAGGUGGCCUAUAUUAGGACCCUGAAGGUUGUAACGGACUUAUUCAUGGCGUGCCUCUGCAGCCUGCAGGCCUCGAAUAUCCUGAUCGAGGUCGACAGGAGCAAGCUCUUCAGCAAUAUCCCCGAGAUCUAUUCAGCGAACCGUUACUUCUGGACCGAGUACGUCCUGAUGAUGGUGAACGCCUCGAGAUCCACUGGGCAGCUACUCGACUCUGGUCAUUUGUUACAAGGUUUCGAGACCUUCGAACAAACGUUCGCCCCGUACACCAGAUAUUGCGCUGAACAAAGCAGGUGUCAACAGUACUGUAGGGACCGGCUGAACGAUAAUCAACUGUUCACCGUCUAUCUAGUGUGGUGCGAGACACAGAAGGACUGCAAUCGAUUGAAGCUGCUCGACAUACUGGUAAAGCCUAUGCAGAGGCUGACCAAGUACUCCCUUCUCCUCAAGGCCGUUCAGAAGAACACGGAGAACGAGGAACAACGGGCGGAACUGAUUCAUAUGAUCAAAUCCGUAGACGACUUCGUGGCAUCCGUGAACGCUGCCCUGAAGAGAAACGAGGAAACGGCCCGACUAGCCACCGCCGCGUCUCGCAUAGAGAACUACGACGUGGUCGAGUCACGUGACGAGGAAUUAGAGAAAUUGAUUAAGAUUCACAGCACGUUCGACAUCACCACAGCUCCGAUGCCUGGCUGUCCGAAAGACACUCUCAGAGUGCUUCUCCGCGAGGGUGACUUGAAACUGAGGGACGCUGCGAGUAGCAAGACGGAAGUCCAUAUAUUGUUGCUAACGGACAUGUUACUGAUCUGCAAACCGUCGACCAAGAAGACCUCUUCCAGUGGUUUGGCUGGAUCUGUCGGCGGUGGUUUGAAGAUCAUAAGGCAACCAUACGUGAUCGAUCGUAUCCGGAUACACGAGCUAAAGGAGCCAUCUAGCUUGGGAUUGAUCUAUCUGAACGAGUACGGGGCAGCGUCGGCUGCCCUGGUUCUCAGCGCUGGAGAAUCAAAAUUGGCCAAGUCUUGGAUGGAAUCCUUAAGAAAAGCUCAACAACAGUUUGCCUUGAUGAAACUGCCACCCCUUGGCAACACGUUAAAUUUGAACUUGGGAACGGUCAGCAGACAGCCUAGCACCUUCCUAGGUGACGUCGAUUUAGAGGGUGAUGAAUGCGAGACGAUUUUGAAAACACCUAGAGGAAGUAGCAGGGCGUCACGAGUGAGCAGUCUUGCUCACAGUCACAGUGGAAGUAUAGAGAUGGAAGGCGUUUCUCCAGGAAGCAGCAAUUUCGUACCGAGCUACAAUCCAAGUAGGAAUGUUAGCGUCGAGACUAACGAACCACCUCGCGCCUCGAGCGUGUCCUCCGAGGAAGGUGGUGAACCUUCCGGUCACAAUCACAGACCCAUGCAAAUCAGUCCUAACAAAUUUGAUAACAGACGAUAUCUGCUGAGUAAAUCACCGACGCCGAACACACUCAGUGUCCAAGUGCCAGCGUAUUCUAGCUUAGGCCAAUCGCUGCCGAACCUGACAUUGGCCACCUCGCCGCAAACGUCGACAGUGUCACCGACACCGCCGAACUCGCUUCUUAUCGUUCCCCAAAUAACAAAGAGCAAGGACACUCUGCUCUCGCCAGGGCAUCGAGGUAUCUCGUAUCCACCGCCAUCGCCCCCGAGAGGGGCACUAAGAAGGGCUGUAGCGAUUCCACAAUCGCGAAAUCCGCCACUUGUUAAAACGAGACACAUAAGCACGUCUGUGACACAGACGAUUCAACCGACGAUGAACCUGGACACGGAGGCGAUCGAGGAGAGGCGUAAAAGGCUGGAACCUUCGCACCGGAUGCCAUCGACGAGCAGCAUCGCGGAGGAAAAGGUUAACAGCUUUGAUCUGUGAUCAAUCGAUCGACGAUCUGCGACAAUAUCAACCGUAUAAG